UUUUUUGUUUGUUUUCUUAAUUCUCCAGAGUUGAUACACCAAGUUUCUACAAUUUAUGAAUACAACGACCUAUAUUCGCGGUUGCAUACCCUUAGUGUUCAACAUCUCUUCUUAUGGAUUUUGGGAAAACCUAAAAUCGCCGGAUGUGAUUUUCGGGUAUUCAUUGCCUCUCAUGGAAUUUCAGAUAUUACUCAUAUUUGUAUUCAUCAUCAUGAUUCACAUUUUUCUUAGAAGCUUCGGCAUUUCCCCGAUUCCCUCUUAUAUGUUGGCUGGUCUGAUUCUGGGGCCUCAAUUGUUCAAUCUUAGGGAGGUAUUAUCGCGGAAAUUAUCGUGGGAUCCUGCACUGGAUGGAAACGGGCCACUAAGAGGCCUCUCGGUGUGUGGAAACAUUAUGCUUGCAUUUUUGAUGACAGUCAAAAUCAGCCGUCGAUUAGCAUUCAACAACGGAUGGCUACCAAUCGUGAUCGGGGUUUUGAGCUUCAUCGUUCCUUUUUUGGGUGGCUUCUGUGUGCGAAACCUCCACACAGACAAUAUAGACCCUCAAUACUUGUCGCCGAGUAAAGUCCUUGCCGAGCGAACUGUGGUCAUCUCAAGCCAAUCCUCGAUUCUCUUACCGACUGUCGUUCAUUUCCUGUCGGAACUCAAGAUCCUCAAUUCCGAGCUUGGUCGCCUUGUGUUGUCUGCAUCCCUUAUCAAUGACAUCUUCGCUUCUAUUGUCAGCAUAGUAGCCUAUCUUGCGGGAACGUACAAGAAUAUCUCUCCAAUGACAGCCUACCGUGAUCUUAUAGCGGUGAUUAUUUUGAUUCUCGUAGUCUUUUGCGUUUUAAGGCCGGUCGUAGAAUGGAUAGUAGAACGCACACCAGAAGGAAAACCUGUGGCAGAUGUGUAUGUACAUGCUGCGGUUUUGAGCGUAAUUGCUUCCGCUGCAUACACAACAUUUUUCAAUAUGAAAUACCUUUUGGGACCAUUCUUACUCGGCCUCAUCAUACCCGAAGGUCCACCUAUAGGAUCCGCCUUGGAAGCCAAGUAUGAGGCUCUCACAAUGAACGUGCUUACACCGAUCUCAAUUACAUUCAGCACGAUGAGAUGCGACGUGAUGAAGAUCGUCUACCAAUAUGAUGACAUUGGGUACAACAUCUUCUUAAUGUUAUUUACGGGCGUUUUGAAAAUGCUGACCGGGCUGGUACCUUGCUUGUACUGCAAGAUACCACUCAAGGAGGCAAUAGCCGCUUCCCUACUCUUAUGCUCUAAGAGUUUCUCCGAGAUAUUUCUCUACGAAUCAACAUUCGACGAUUCGGUAAUUUCCCUCCCAAUCCACACUCCAUUUCGCUAUGAUCUUCACAUAUUUAUAUGGUUUGUUUUUUUGCAGUAUAUAUCGCAGGCAACAUAUACGUUCUUGAUCGCUUGUGCGUUAAUAAACUCUGGAAUUAUCCCAACGGCCUUGGCCGGACUGUACGAUCCGAAGCGGAAGUACGUUGGUUACCAAAAAAAGAACAUCAUGAAUCUAAAACCAAAUUCUGAUCUCCGGAUCUUGACUUGUGUACACAAACCUGAGAACAUCUCUGCGGCCAUUUCAUUUCUCCAAUUAUUACCCUCCACCAUCGUGGUCACAGUCCUCCAUCUCGUGAAGCUUGUUGGCAAAAUCGUCCCCGUGGUAAUCUCACACCACAGUAAAUCAAAACGUGUUGUGACUAACUCCUACAUCCAUACAGCACACCUUGCAUUCAGCCAGUUGGAGUCAGUGACCAUGACCAUGUUCACUGCUCUCACGCACGAGAACCUAAUGCACGAUGAAAUCUGCAAGCUCGCGUUGGAACAAGUCGCAUCGAUUAUUAUCGUCCCCUCGGGAAGGAAAUGGACCAUAGAUGGGACGUUUGAGUCAGAGGACGAGGCUAUUAGACGUCUCAAUGAGUCACUACUCCAGAGUGCAUCUUGUUCUAUAGGGAUUCUCGUGGACCGUGGACAGUUCUCGCUGAGAGGAACAAGAAGAUACGAGAUCAAUGUUGGUGUGAUCUUCAUUGGAGGCAAAGACGAUCGUGAAGCACUCUCGUUGGUAAAGAAGAUGAAGCAUAACCCUAGAGUAAAUAUCACUGUGAUUCGACUCAUCUCUAGCAGAGAAAUAGAAUCGACUAAUUGGGAUUACAUUCUUGAUCACGAGGUAUUAGAGGAUCUUAAAGAUACCGAUGCCACAAAUUGUAUUGCAUAUACAGAGAGGAUUGUGGCUGGAGGUCCUGAAGUAGCCACUACCGUUCGAUCUCUUUCUGAGGAUUAUGAUCUUAUGGUGGUUGGGAGAGAUCAUGGAAUGGCAUCACCAGACUUUGAUGGACUCAAGGAGUGGAUAGAACUACCCGAGCUAGGUGUUAUCGGAGAUUUGCUAGCUGCUAGAGAUCUCGACUCUAGGGUUAAUGUUUUGGUAGUCCAACAACAGCAACAAACGUGAAAAU